AUGAGACUUUUUCGUGGGUUCGCAGCAGCAACAGUUGCUGCUGCUGCAGCUGCAGCUACUGCAGCAAAUGCAGCAACUGCUUCUCUUGUUGCAGACAGUCCGGAGGCAGCUGUGAUAGGCAUGGAGCUAUCAGCGAGCGUAGCAGCAGCAGGAGGUACAGCUGCAGCAGCAGCAGCAACAGCAGCAGCAGCAACAGCAGCAGCAGCAACAGCAACAGAAGAAGCCGACGCUCUGUAUCCCGAGGCCAACUGCCCUCCUUAUCCAAAUGCAGAUUCCGAGUUUGAGCAGGCUGUGUCUGUGUCUCGGCUUGAGGAGGCUUUCCGGCGGCUGCCUGGUGGUGGCUCCUACCGAGGCAUUCCUUUGACUGGGGGGAGCAGCAGCAGCGAGACAGCAGCAGCACUGGUGCACAGACACAUUGCAUGCGCGCUGCAGCAGCACGAGCAAUUCAAGCCUGUCUUCACGGGGCAGGGGAGGACCCCGCGGGGCAAGGGUUUGUUUACGGGCCUGCAGGAGUUUGCUGCCUUCAUUGCUUUUGCUCUCUUAAAGACAAACUUCUUUCGCUCCUUUCGCGAGGAGACGCCGCUCAGACACUGCACGGAGACAGCCGAGGCGCCGUGUGUAGGAGGAGUCUCCUACGGGGCUCGCGGGCCCUUUGGGCUAAGAGGCAACGCCGCGUACGCAGCCUUUGGGGCUUUUGCUGCAGGAGACAGCAGCAAGCUGCUGGCUCAGCCCGACCUGCUGGGGCGGCAGGAUGUGGGGGACUGGGUCUCUGCUCUGUGGCUGUGGACGCAGCAGAAAGUGUAUGGAGACAGCUGCAUCCGCUGGCCUCUGGGCCGGGGUAUGGUGUCUCCUCACGUCGCGCUGCAGCAGUGGGACAGCUCAGUGUCUGCUGCUGAGGUGUCACCUUUGCUGCAGGCAGCAAGAGACAGCCCGAACGAUGCUGCUGCUCUUGCUGCAGCAGCAACUCCCUUUGGGGGUCUGGGGCUGGCGCUGCCGCUGCUGCUGGGGGAGACAGCUUGCUGCGCUGCUGCAGUAGGAGACAGAAGGAGAAAGACAAAAGGAGACACCUCACUCAGCCGCCAGCAGCCUAUCUCCCCGCACCAGUACCAAAGCGUCUCCUCACCUCUUCUGCUGCCAGCUGGCGCGACACCCCAGCAGCAGCAGCAGCCACAGCAGCAGCAGCCGCAGCAGCAGCAACAGCAACAGCAGCAGCAGCAGCAGCAGCAGCAACAGCAGCAACGAAGCCGGCCCCCUUCUUCUGCUGCUGAGAAGCUGGCGCGGUUUGAUGCAAUUAUGGCUGGAAAGGCGCCGCCAGCUCUGCUGCAGCAGCAAGCAGCAGCAGCAGCAGGAGCAGCAGCAGCAGCAGCAGCAGCAGCAGCAGGAGCAGGAGAUGGGGUGUCUCCACUGUGGGGAGCAGCAGCAGCAGGGGGACAGGUGCCUGUGUCUGGAAGCAGCGAGUUGCUGCUGCUGCCUGCGUGGCCAGCAACGGAGACAGAGACAGAGACAGAGAACCAAGUGUCUCCUCUUUCUGCUGCAGCUUUUGAGAGUUUAUUUCUCUCCUUAUUAGCAUAUCUGCUGCCGCCCCGUCCCCUUGCUGCAGCAGCAGCUGCAGCAGCAGCUGCAGCAGCAGGGGGACAGAAGGAGACAGCAGAUGCUGAAAAGGAGACACUUGCUCUGCCUGAGGCCCCAGCACCAGAGACAACGCUGCCGCUGCCAGGCAGCAGAUACUGCAGCGUGGUGUCUCCUCAGCCCGAAGCAGCAGCAGCAGAAGCAGCAGCAGCAGGAGAAACAGCAGCAGCAGCAGCAGCAGCAGCAGCAGGUGAUGCAUUCAAACUCUUCUGUCUCUCUCUCGAGACACUUCAUUUGUCACUGCAGCAGCAGCAGCAGCAGCAGCAGCAGCAGCAGCAACAGCAGCAGCAAACAACAUACAUUAAAGCAGCAGCAGCACGCGACCAACAGCAGCAGCGCAACAGCAGCAGGAGACAGUUUUUUAUAUAA